AACACAGCUGCUGACCAAUCAGAAUUGAGAACUGGAGCUAACCAUUUAUAUUCUUUUCAGAUUGAUGAAUGCAAAUUCUCAGAGCAGCGGGACCAGCACAGUAAAGACUUGUUUCCCAUCUACACAGUGAUCGACAAGCAACGCAAACAGGAGGAGGACGAGAAAGACUCCUGGUUUGAGAUCAGUCCAUAUGAAGCAGGUUAUUCCCUCGCUGGGGCAUUUGUGGAAACAUCCACCUUUGGCAGCCAGUUUGACAAUGGCUCAAAGAAAAAAACUCAGGAUGAAAUGGACAUGCUGUACCUGCAAGCUCUGUGUGGAAGUGCUUUAGCUGAUAAAAAGGAGACCCGUGCAUUCCUUUGGAAAACAAUACACGAUUUCAUUAAAUACUUAUUACAUUUUGGGAUGUUUGAGGAAAUGAGGGAAGACCCAAAAGCCCCACCUGUAGAAAAGUGUUACCAGGUGCUCAUGGAUCUUGUGGACAUGAAUCUCUCGGUUUUGAAUGGCAAAGAUCCUUCUCAUCUUAAUCAAUCUAUCAGAACUAAUCUGAAAGAGCUCGGAGGAGGCCAGCAUGAGCUAGUUUUUUCAAGUGAAAAACUGAAUCUCGCUGAUAAACAAGCUGCAGAACUGUAUAUGAAGCAAUACACUGAAGAUGUGUGUAAUAAUUUGAAUCAGUGGAACAGUUUCUGGCCUGAUGUAAAAAUGUGGACACGCAUUUGUAAAUGCAUGAAUUGCUGGAUCUGGGGCAGGAAUUAUAACUUUCUCCACAACAUGAAGGAUCAAGUGGUGCCCACUGCUCUUCAGGAAAGUGAGACGAGAGACUAUGAAGAUGCAGGACUGUUGCUGAACUCACCCUACUUCUCAGUGCUGAGAGAAGAAAGACACUCUGAUCUCAUAAUUUCCCUGGAUUUCAGUGAUGUCGAUCCUUUCAAGACAGUGAGAGAUGCUGCUGAUGUGUGCAAGAAACUAAACAUUCCUUUCCCUGAUGUUCCAAUCAUUCCUGAUGAAGAAAAAAAGAAACCAAAGGACUUCUAUGUGUUCAAAGGCCACAACGCUCCAACCGUGAUUCACAUCCCUCUGUUUAAUGUGGUCAACUGUGGAGGUGAAAUUGAGACCUGGAGGUACAAAUAUCGCACCUUUCAAGGUCCUUACAGUGCUGAGAUGAUCACUGAUCUUAUGGAGGUCGCUGGCAAAAACAUCUCAAACAACAGAGAGAAACUGCUGGAGCAGAUUGCUGCGGCUGUUGGGCAAAAAAGGAGAUGACUAACGAGUUGAAUAAUAAGCUUACUGUUUGUUUGAAUGUUUUUGAACUAAUAACUAUAAGAAAAUUCAUAUUCCAUGCAUAUUUGUUAACUGCUAUUCAGCUGUUGUUUUAAGUAGUCAGCUUAUUUUCAAAUCAUCAAUCAUCAAAGCUCAGUAAACAAUGUCAUUUCACCAAGCUGAUUUCUCUCUAAAACGCUGUAAGAAAGUGCUUUCAAGUCAUUUCAAGGCUGAAUGAGACAUACAUCUAAUUGAGUUUAAUGAGACUUCUCAUUAACACCAUAAUUUGUUUAUUCAGACCAAUUUGAGGAUACAGAACGUGCAUGAAAAUGAGAGAUAGGGUUUAUCGGCCAAUCACAGAUCUUUUCUGUUUAAUAUGUUGAACACUGUUCAUGUUUCAGUCUGUUCCGUCAUGCUUGACUUUCAUUAAGCAAUUAAUAGAUGAUUGAUAAUAAACAAAUCAUCCAUACAACA